AUGCAGUACCAAAAAACUCUGUUAACACUUACCUUAGCCGCCACGGCCUUGGCUUCGUCCUUGCCAAACCAAACCUGGUCCACUAUGACACCCAACGCUACUUACAGCGGUGGUGCCACCGACCACGCCACUGCCUUCGGUAUCGCUGUUCAACCGAUCUCAACUGGCUCUGUUUCCAUGGCAAAGAGAGAUGCCGUGUCGCAGAUCGGCGACGGCCAAAUUCAGGCUACCACAAAGACCGCUGCUCCAGUAUCGCAGAUCGGUGAUGGUCAAAUCCAAGCUACCACAAAGACCGCUGCUCCAGUAUCGCAGAUCGGUGAUGGUCAAAUCCAAGCUACCACAAAGACCGCUGCUCCAGUAUCGCAGAUAGGCGAUGGCCAAAUCCAGGCUACCACAAAGACCGCUGCUCCAGUAUCGCAGAUCGGUGACGGCCAAAUCCAAGCUACUACCACAACCUUAUCCCCAACUCCCCGUAAUGCUACAAGCGCUGCUCCAGUAUCGCAGAUCGGCGAUGGCCAAAUCCAGGCUACCACAAAGACCGCUGCUCCAGUAUCGCAGAUCGGUGACGGCCAAAUCCAAGCUACUACCACAACCUUAUCCCCAACUCCCCGUAAUGCUACAAGCGCUGCUCCAGUAUCGCAGAUAGGUGAUGGCCAAAUCCAGGCUACCACAAAGACCGCUGCUCCAGUAUCGCAGAUCGGUGAUGGUCAAAUCCAAGCUACUACCACAACUUUGUCCCCAGCUUUCCACAAUGCUACAACAGCGGCACCGGUCUCUCAAAUAACUGACGGUCAAAUUCAAGCAACAACUCAAACCACAAAGGUUGCUUCUCAAAUUACUGAUGGACAAGUCCAAGCUACUACUUCCUCUGCUCCUUCCGACAACAGUGAUCCAGUUAAAUCAACCGCUUGCAAAACUGAAGGUACCCUGGAAAUGAACUUGAAAGGUGGUAUUUUAACCGAUAACAAGAAUAGAAUUGGUUCCAUUGUUGCAAACAGACAAUUCCAAUUUGAUGGUCCAACUCCACAAGCUGGCGCUAUUUACGCUGCUGGCUGGUCCAUCACCCCAGAAGGUAACUUGGCUAUUGGUGACAAUGAUGUUUUCUUCCAAUGUCUAUCAGGUAGCUUCUACAACUUGUACGAUGAAUCCCUGGGUGAACAAUGUCAUCCAGUCCAUUUGGAAGUCAUUGAUUUGGUCGACUGUUAA